CCCUCAACAUACCCCGCUAUAGUUACGCGUUGCGGCGAACAAAAUCUUUCAACUUGUGAUUCGGAAGAUAUGACCCAAUAUCAAGACACAGAAAAUUCUGCCCCUGCAAUGAUGACACCGAGCGAAGAACGACCACUCUUGCAACCGAAUCAAGCGGUGCUGUGGAAGCCGCCACCGGGGUUUCUUGUUAUUCAGCUAGCGAUCAUGUCAAACGUUUUUCUCGGCGGGUUCGAUGGCACGAUAACGGCCUCGACUUACGCCGUGAUCAGUUCCGAAUUCAACGCUGCCAAUACUGCUUCGUGGUUAACAACAUCCUAUUUGAUUACAAGCACGGCAUUCCAGCCACUAUAUGGACGUCUCUCAGAUAUUCUCGGUCGCCGCACCUGCUUCUUCACCGCCACCGUCUCAUUCCUGAUCGGGUGUCUGGGAUGCGCGGUCGCCCGAGAUGUGAUCUUUCUCAACGUGAUGCGCGCGUUGACUGGCAUUGGCGGUGGUGGCCUAAUGACUAUGGCAACCAUAAUCAACUCCGAUAUGAUUCCGUUCCGCCAGCGCGGGAUGUACCAGGUAGUCCAAAAUGUUUCAUAUGGUUUCGGAGCAAUUUGUGGCGCUUCAUUUGGUGGCACAAUUGUCGACACGAUCGGAUGGCGCUGGUGCUUUUUGAUGCAAGUUCCGGUAUCGCUGUCAGCUCUAGUCUUGGGGUAUUUUGUAUUGAAGUCUCCGACUAAGAAAGAAUCCCCGACAUUGCAACCGACUCGCGGCAUCUGGCAACAAAUUGAUCUGCUUGGUUCACUUCUACUGGUUCUCGCUUUGUCGAGUCAACUGGUAGGCCUAAGCCUGGGCGGCAAUGAACUUCCUUGGACCAACGUCUGGGUAAUCCUAUCCCUUGUUUCCAGUAUUGUUCUCUUGGGGGCCUUCUUUGCCGUCGAAGCAACAACAACUGCGGCGCCUCUCAUACCAUUGAAGAUGCUUAAAGGACAGCUUGCCGUAUCGACUCAAAUUGCGAACGUGUGCGUUGGGAUGGCAGCAUAUGCCUUUCUCUUUACCUUACCACUGCUCUUUCAAGUCAUUCUGCUGGAUAGUCCCUCCAAAGCAGGCGCCCGGCUGGUGAUUCCAUCUCUUGCUACACCAUUGGGAGGAUUUAUCUCCGGUGUCGUGAUGUCACGAUGGGGAAAGCUAGCUCAAUUGGUUCGCACAGGAGCUGCUCUUAUGUUUUUCGGAAAUUUGCUGGUGACUCUCUUACGCUUUAAUGAUUCGGAGUGGAAAUACUUUGCCUAUACCAUUCCCGCCAACCUAGGACAGGGAAUUGUUUACCCUGGAAUUCUUUUUACCUUUCUUGCUGCCUUCGAUCAUUCCGGUAAGGUUCCAUUGGUUGUUACUGGACAAAGACAAUCGACUGACCUCGGUUCAGACCAUGCGGUAUCUGCCUCUACCGUAUAUCUCAUUCGCUCUCUCGGCAGUGUUUGGGGAGUGGCUAUUACUUCGGCCAUCAUUCAGAAUACAUUGAACUCAGGCCUCGGGGGGGCCUUGAGUGGAAUACCAGACAAAGGGAAAAUUAUCGACCAAAUUCGUCAUUCUGUAUCCGCUAUUCAUGAUCUCCCUCCAGACGUGCAGAUGGCUGUUCGAAUGGUUUAUUACAAGGGCAUCCGGCUAUGCUUUGCCGCGUCUGCUUCCUGUGGAGUCAUCGCAACUAUUUCAGCCUUCUUCACCCGCGGGAAAGGGCUCGAACGUACCGGAGCAGAUUAA